GGUCAUGUUGGGAAUAUGACAGAGCUGGAGAAAAUUCUUGACUACUAUGGAUACAACAGUGAAGGAAGUUCAGAGCAGGAUGCAGUGUCGGACAGCAAUACUAGCUUCCUGAAAGCUGCUCGAUCAGGCAAUGUUGAUAAAGUACUGGAAUACCUAAAAGGAGGAGUAGACAUCAACACCUGCAAUCAGAAUGGACUCAAUGCUUUGCAUCUUGCUGCCAAAGAAGGACAUCUCUAUCUUGUUAAUGAAUUGCUGGAAAGAGGAUCUUCAGUGGAUUCUGCAACCAAGAAAGGGAACACUGCACUACACAUUGCAUGUCUGGCCGGGCAGGUAGAAGUGGUGAAGACUCUGGUCAAGCAAGAAGCCAAUAUCAAUGCCCAGUCCCAGAAUGGAUUUACCCCUCUCUACAUGGCUGCUCAAGAGAAUCACAUUGAAGUUGUGAAAUAUUUGCUGGAAAAUGGGGCCAAUCAGAGCACUGCUACAGAGGAUGGCUUUACUCCACUGGCUGUGGCACUGCAGCAAGGACAUAACAUGGUGGUGGCAAUCCUCCUGGAGAAUGACACUAAAGGGAAAGUUAGACUACCUGCUCUUCACAUUGCUGCCAGGAAGGAUGACACAAAAUCUGCCGCACUCUUACUUCAGAAUGACCACAAUGCUGAUGUACAGUCUAAGAUGAUGGUGAAUAGGACGACAGAGAGUGGCUUCACACCGCUACACAUUGCUGCACAUUAUGGAAACGUCAAUGUUGCUACACUCCUGCUCAACAGAGGUGCCGCCGUUGACUUCACAGCCAGAAAUGGAAUUACCCCUUUGCAUGUGGCUUCUAAAAGAGGAAAUACAAACAUGGUGAGGUUAUUGCUAGACCGUGGAGGACAGAUUGAUGCCAAAACAAGGGAUGGACUCACUCCAUUGCACUGUGCAGCGCGGAGUGGACAUGACCCAGCUGUGGAGUUACUUCUAGAAAGAGGAGCACCACUUCUCGCAAGGACCAAGAAUGGACUUUCUCCUCUACACAUGGCUGCUCAAGGAGAUCAUGUGGAUUGUGUCAAACACCUAUUACAGCACAAGGCACCUGUGGAUGAUGUCACCCUGGAUUAUCUCACAUCUCUGCAUGUUGCAGCACAUUGUGGACAUUACCGUGUCACCAAGCUUCUCCUUGACAAAAGAGCAAAUCCUAAUGCUCGUGCUCUGAAUGGUUUUACUCCAUUGCACAUUGCCUGCAAGAAAAACCGUAUCAAAGUUAUGGAACUGCUAGUGAAAUAUGGGGCUUCAAUCCAAGCUAUAACAGAGUCUGGUCUCACUCCAAUACAUGUGGCUGCAUUCAUGGGCCACUUGAACAUAGUCCUCCUUCUGCUGCAGAAUGGAGCUUCUCCAGAUGUCACUAACAUUCGCGGGGAGACUGCUCUGCACAUGGCUGCUCGCGCUGGGCAGGUUGAAGUAGUCCGCUGCCUUCUCAGAAAUGGUGCCCUGGUGGAUGCCAGAGCCAGGGAAGAGCAGACACCUCUACACAUUGCCUCUCGUUUGGGCAAAACAGAAAUUGUUCAGCUGUUACUCCAACAUAUGGCUCACCCGGAUGCUGCUACUACUAAUGGCUACACCCCUCUUCAUAUCUCUGCCAGAGAGGGGCAGCUAGAUGUUGCUUCAGUCUUGCUGGAGGCCGGGGCCGCACACUCCAUGCCUACUAAGAAGGGAUUUACACCUCUACAUGUGGCUGCUAAAUAUGGAAGCCUGGAUGUGGCAAAAUUACUCCUCCAGCGUCGUGCCCCACCAGAUUCUGCUGGAAAGAAUGGGCUCACCCCACUCCAUGUUGCUGCUCACUAUGACAACCAGAAGGUGGCGAUGUUGUUACUGGAAAAGGGUGCUUCACCCCAUGUCACAGCUAAGAACGGUUACACUCCUCUGCAUAUUGCCGCUAAAAAGAAACAGAUGCAGAUCGCUACUACACUACUCAACUAUGGGGCAGAAACCAACAUUCUAACCAAACAAGGAGUGACCCCCCUCCACCUCGCAGCCCAGGAAGGGCAUGCUGACAUGGUGACACUUCUGCUCAACAAAGAAGCCAAUAUUCACGUUGGAACAAAGAAUGGACUGACUCCAUUGCACCUGGCAGCCCAGGAGGACAAGGUCAAUGUUUCUGAAAUAUUAGCAAAACAUGGAGCCAAUUUGGAUGCUCAGACUAAGCUGGGUUAUACGCCAUUAAUUGUAGCAUGUCACUAUGGGAACAUUAAGAUGGUGAAUUUUCUUCUGUCGCAUGGAGCUUGUGUCACAGCUAAAACAAAGAAUGGCUACACUCCUUUACAUCAAGCUGCCCAACAGGGACAUACCCAUAUAAUCAAUGUCCUGCUCCAAAAUGGUGCAAAGCCAAAUGCUACCACUACUAAUGGUAAUACUGCCCUCGCGAUUGCCAGGCGACUAGGAUACAUCUCUGUGGUGGACACACUGAAGGUUGUUACUGAGGAAGUCAUCACAACUACCACUACUGUGACAGAGAAACACAAGCUGAAUGUUCCAGAAACAAUGACUGAGGUGCUGGAUGUCUCCGAUGAAGAAGAUGAUACAAUGACCGGGGAUGGUGGUGAGUACCUGCGACCUGAAGAUUUAAAAGAAUUAGGAGAUGACUCUCUGCCAAGCAGCCAGUAUUUGGACGGUAUGACCUAUUUGAGGUACAGCUUGGAGGGCGGACGAUCAGACAGUACUAUGCCUAGCCUGCGAUCCUUCAGUUCAGACAGGUCCCACACGAUGAGCCAUUCCUCAUACCUCAGAGGCAGUGCCAUGAUAGAUGAUACUGUUAUCAUACCCCAUGACCAGGUUUCAUACCUGACAAAAGCAGAGCAUAACACUUAUCGUCUAAGCUGGGGGAACGAUAAUUUAGACAAUGUUGCACUUUCUUCUAGUCCAAUCCAUUCUGGCCACAUAUCUCCUUGUCUUGAGCGAGACCACAGCAGUUUCCUGGUUAGCUUUAUGGUGGAUGCCCGUGGAGGUGCCAUGAGAGGUUGCAGGCACAAUGGACUGAGAAUAAUAAUUCCCCCCCGGAAAUGCACUGCUCCCACAAGAGUGACCUGCCGUUUGGUGAAGCGCCAUCGACUGGCUACUAUGCCACCUAUGGUAGAAGGAGAAGGUCUUGCUAGUCGACUCAUUGAAGUUGGCCCUUCUGGAGCUCAGUUCCUUGGUAAACUCCACCUUCCUACGGCUCCUCCCCCUCUAAAUGAGGGAGAAAGCUUGGUCAGCCGAAUCCUUCAACUGGGACCUCCUGGGACCAAAUUCCUUGGGCCUGUUAUUGUGGAGAUCCCCCAUUUUGCGGCUUUGCGUGGAAAUGAGCGUGAACUAGUCAUACUGCGCAGCGAGACUGGGGAUAAUUGGAAAGAACAUUUCUGUGAAUUUACUGAAGAUGAACUCAAUGAGAUCCUUAAUGGAAUGGAUGAAGUUCUUGAUUCUCCAGAGGAACUGGAAAAAAAGCGCAUUUGCCGCAUUAUCACCCGGGACUUUCCACAAUAUUUUGCAGUGGUUUCUCGUGUUAAACAGGACAACAACCUUAUUGGACCCGAAGGAGGAAUUCUAAGCAGCACUGUGGUACCUCAGGUCCAGGCUGUUUUUCCAGAGGGUGCCCUAACUAAGAGAAUCCGUGUUGGCCUUCAGGCCCAGCCAGUGCAUCUUGAACUUGUGAGGAAAAUAUUAGGCAACAAAGCAUCAUUCAGUCCCAUUGUGACAUUAGAACCGAGAAGAAGAAAAUUCCACAAACCUAUAACAAUGACUAUCCCUGUGCCCAAAGCUUCCAGCGAGGCGAUGCUGAAUGGAUAUGGUGGUGACACACCUACAUUAAGACUACUAUGCAGUAUCACUGGUGGUACAACUCCAGCACAGUGGGAGGACAUCACUGGAACCACACCGCUUACAUUCGUUAAUGAAUGUGUCUCUUUUACUACUAAUGUAUCUGCCAGGUUUUGGUUAAUUGAUUGCCGACAAAUCCAAGAAUCAGUUACAUUUGCUAGCCAAGUUUACAGAGAAAUUAUAUGCGUUCCCUAUAUGGCCAAGUUUGUUAUAUUUGCCAAAUCCCAUGACCCCAUUGAAGCACGUCUGAGAUGUUUUUGUAUGACAGAUGACAAGGUGGACAAGACACUGGAACAGCAGGAAAACUUUGCCGAAGUUGCUAGGAGUAGAGACGUAGAGGUCCUGGAAGGAAAACCAAUCUAUGUAGACUGCUUUGGAAACUUAGUACCUUUAAUAAAGAGUGGCCAACACCAUAUAUUUAGUUUCUAUGCCUUUAAAGAGAACAGACUUCCAUUAUUUGUCAAGGUACGAGACACAACUCAAGAGCCUUGUGGACGCCUGUCUUUCAUGAAAGAACCAAAAUCUAAUAGGGGCCUUGUGCAGCAAGCCAUCUGCAAUCUAAAUAUCACAUUACCAGUUUAUUGUAAGGAAUGUGAGUCAGAUCAAGAAGAUGAGGGAAAUCUCAACUCUGAGAAAAAUUUCGAGGAGGAUCAAGAGAGAAUAGAAAGAAGACUAGCUUAUGUUGCUGACCACUUGGGCUUUAGCUGGACUGAGCUAGCCAGGGAGUUGGAUUUCACAGAAGAGCAGAUUCACCAAAUACGAGUUGAGAAUCCAAAUUCUUUACAGGAUCAGAGCCAUGCUCUACUAAAAUAUUGGCUUGAUAGAGAUGGAAAGCAUGCAACAGAUACCAGUUUGAACCAGUGCCUCACUAAGAUUAACAGAAUGGAUAUUGUUCACCUUAUGGAAACUUGUAUGAAUGAACCCAUGCUACGCCAUGCCAACCGUACUUAUGCUGACAUGGAGCAGACAAUCAUACUGGACCAUAGUGAAGGCUUUUCUGCUCUUCAGGAUGAAUUCUGCAGCCCACAGAAAAAGAAUGUCAUCGAUCACUCAGGUUCUGUAGGCAAGGAGAGAGGUGAACACCCUCCUCUGGUGUCCGAGGAGGAUGUUUCAAUCAGUUAUUCACCCUUGCAUGAAAGUUCAGCAAGGCCUGAAGAUGACACAUCUGUUGCAGAGAUGAUCCGACAGCUGCAGAAAGAGAAGGUGGAAACGGAGUUCUCCAGGGAAUCAGAGAAAUUAUCAAGGGCCUUAUCUUCUGAACAUGAAUAUAUUGUUACAUCUCCUGAUUUAGAUAAAAACAUACCAGAUGCAACAGACGACUCUCUGCAUUUCAAGGAAGUCCCUCAUUCCCCUCAUGGCUCUUCAGAAGAGUUUGGUAGACCCGGCCUGGGGACUCCUGUGUCUGAUCAGCAUAAUAAUUCCCCUAUUGUGCAGGAGCCAGAUGAAUUGUCAGAACAGGAGGACCGUGCCGCCAGCAGCAGUGACCUAUUUAUAGUGGAGUCAUCAGAUGAGCAGGCUGAGAAAAUGGAAAAAAUUUCUGAAUACAAGUCAUUGGAUUCAUUUGAAAGGGACCUAGCAGAGGAGUUAGGUGAGCUAGAGACCAAGUCAGAUGAGGACGAGAUGGUAACUACCAGAGUCGUUCGCCGACGUGUCAUUAUUCAGGCCGACAAUAUGCCUGACAUUCUCCCGGAGACAGUGACCGAAGAGCAGUAUACAGACGAGCAUGGACACAUUGUGGUAAAAAAGGUGACUCGGAAAAUAAUUAGAAGAUUUGUCUUACCUGAUGGCACAGAGAAAGAAGAAGUGAUGGCACAGGGCGCCGCUCAUGAGCCAGUGACAGUUGAAGAGGGAGAUUCUUUUUCAAAGGUUUUUAAACGAACUGUACUCAAGAGUGACAGUGAACAGUCUGAAAUUUCAUUCUCUGAACCCCGAGUUUCAUCAUCAGUAUUCGAAGUGGAACCUGUGGAAGGACGUAAGGUCAGCAAAGUUGUGAAGACCACCAUGGUCCAUGGAGAAAGGACAGAAAAGUAUCUUGGAGACCUUAGUUUAGCAUCAGAUCUACCAUCAGCCAAGGAUGAUUUUGAACAGAACAAUGAUGCAUAAAGCCAGCACACAGAAGAGGACUGUGGUGAAGGACCAGCAUGGGAAACAUGUUUUCGUUGAGCAUUUGGAGGAUGUUCCUGAAGCGUUCCACA